CCGGGCGGUGAGGUCGUGUCUUAAUUAAAAUUACAUUUUAAAAGUGCAAUAAUUAUUUGGAUUGACAUCUAUUGUGAUUACCUUGGGAUCUUUUCUAUCAGAUCCGAAUGGAAGCAAUAAUGUCGGGGAAAGCUACAAAAGAAAAUAUAAUGCAGCCAACGACACUUCAAGAGGCAAUAAACAUUAUUAAAUUCCUGAACACGACACAUAAACAAGAAGUCGUGAGGCUAAAAGAAGCAUAUGCGAAACAAGCUGAUGUUAUAAAGAAAUUGGAAUCGAAUAGGAAAAAGGAAUUGGAAUUCUUAUCGGGUGAAUUGCAAAAAUACGAAGUAAAUUUAGCUCUGAGAACAGAAUCCGUUACAAAACAACUCGCACAAAAGGAUCUUAUAAUACAGAAACAAGCUGAGAAAAUAGAAGAACUAACUAAACAGUUGACGUCCAAUGAAUUUUCUAUUAGUGUACCUGAAAUUAAUAUUAUGGUUGAUUCAAACUCUGAUUCUGGUGUCGCAUUAGAAAAUGAUGACUGCAAAACUGAGGAAAUUAAACCUGAAGUUAAAACUACGAGGAAGUGUAGUAGAAAAUUUGGAGAUACAAUAAGUUUUCUAAGAAGGGUUGACUUCUCUCCAAUAAAAUAUAAGCCAUCGAAUCGAGAGGGUUCAAAGAAGAAAGAGGAUAAAAAGAACAAAUUACAAGUACCAGUUGCAGAAAAAAGAUUUUUCAAGCGACAAACUAGUAAUGAUAAGUCGCCUAGUGAUGAUGAGAGGCCUAUCGCUGAUGAAGCCUUAUUCUCAGAUGGGGGAAUUGAGCCACUAGUGAUUCGAGCCAACAAAUCAAACGACAGUAUGAACAAUCAUUUCUCUGAUGAUGGCAGCGAGGAUACAAGUGAAGAAAUCUUCGACAGAGUCAUGACUAGAAGCAGUAUAAGGCGAUCAGUGAAAGCGAACCCCAAAUAUAAGAAAAUUAACAGAAGUAAAUCAAAACUUCUGGAACAGGUUAAAGUUAAUAUAGUAGACUAGGAUAAGUAAGAUUAGAAAAUAAGUUAUUUCUAUGUGCAAUCGUAAUGUAUCAAUUUGAAAUUAAUAAAGGCUGUUUUAU